UGAAUUAAUGAUAUGAAAAUACUGUACUAUGCCGUCGAUUUAGGGACUGCGUUGUGGUCAGACAAUAUGGUCAACGUUAUAAAACAUUUGGAUGCAGCGUUUGGUGCACAAUGAGGUGUUAUACUUCGGGAAUCACAGCAGGUUGAAGAGCAAGUUCCACGAUUUUUGUGUUCAUUUCAUUGUCUUUGUCACACUUUUUUACGCCACAAAAUGACAGCACGCGAACAGGCUGAAAUUGACAUCAGAUCAUGUUUGUACACAAGAGGCACGAACAAAGUAUUCCAUCGUGUAGCACACGGCACAUACAGCUAGCCACUGCACAUUUGCUAGGGCCCUACCUCUCCCCACUGGAACAAAGAGACUGAAUGACUGACAGGAGGGUGCACUCACUCCAUUCAUUCCGCUAUAGUACCAACAUGCCCGGGUGUUGAGAUAGAUGCACAGAGUGAAACCACUUGUCAUUCAGCCUGUUUGGCAGAGAGAGAGGAGGAAAACAAACACGCAUGCACAUGAAAAAAUAUCGAGACCACCAAAAUUAUCAACUUUUUUUUCAUCAUGCGAUUUAAUUGAUUUUGUGAUUAUCGUGACAGGCCUAAGUAUUUGUUGUUUAAACAUAUUGCUGAAGAUGAACCGAAGAUUCACUUACAAGCUAGCAAUGACACAGCGGACAUGGCAGGACGGCACGAAGGAAUGGUCUACAGCCAAUCAGGACGCAGAAAACAACAAGCGGUCCAGACAGAUGAGAGAGGGAAGAGAGACACUCAACUUUCCACAAUGCAAUUCUUCUUAAAGGGCCAGGCUCGGCCUGUAACAGCGUUCAUAAGCGAAUCCGUGAAAGGUGAACCGCGAGGGAACACUGGAAACAACUACUUUCCGUUUCGGAACUUUAAAUACACUUGUUGUAAUUAUAGUAUUUAUGGUAUGCACUCUAUAUGGCAAAACGGUUCUGUUUUGAGCUGGAAAUGUUGAACACACCCUGGCCUAAACUGUCUGCCAAGAGCCUGUUUGGGAGUUUAGGUGGCGGGUGUUGGACACCGGUCUGUUGUCUGAAAAGCAUAUAGAGGUAGCCCCACCGUAACACUUCUUGUUUCCAACUUUAUUCCGUCCUAUGAUAGCCUGCUUAAGGAGUUUCUGGUUUAGAUGGUUAGGUGUGUGUGUGUGUGUGUGUGUGUGUGUGUGCAUGCACACGCACAGGGCAAAGGAAACAAUGGAGGCUUUGUGAGAGUCCCGUCGUGACAGGAUUGUUGGGGGGGAGGUUGAAGGGGUAGUCUGAGCUUAGCCAAGCAGAGCCACUUCAUUAGUUAGGACCCUCCUUUUGCGCCUCCUCCUGCUCCCAUCCAUCCUCGCUCUCCACCCAACCCUCAUCCUAAAGCUGCCUCUCCAGCUAACUUGUGUGUCGCCACUCUGGGCGGACAGCGCCAGCGCACAGGCUUAGCGUGGAGGAAAACGUGCUCGUCACACUGAGGUGUUGCUGUGUGUUUCUAUCACGUGGUGCUUUACAGCUUUGGCACUGAGAAUGAAGAAGUGAAUCAUCUGUGAUCACAGUCAUGGCUGUCCAGACUGGCAUCCAGGUAUGGUUUGGAGAGAAGUUUGACGCCCCCUUGCUUAGCCCACGGAGUCCUCGCUGCCCGUUGGCACAACGGCACGGCCCGGGCCUCGCUGACGUCUUCCAAUACGACCAGUGGCUGGCGGUGCGACAUGAAGCCACCCUGGUGCCCAUGCAGGAGGACCUCGCCAUAUGGCUCACGGGCAUGCUUGAAGAGGAGGUAAGAGCCGAGUUCUUCAUGGAAGAGCUUAACAACGGCGUGAAGCUCUGCCAUCUUAUCGGCGUCCUGCAGACUAAAAUCGCCCAGAGCUGCCCCUCUGCACUCAGCAAGCUGUUUCCCAUGAGGAAGGUCGCCUGUAAACGCGAUGCUUCUCCGGGUUCAUUCUUUGCUCGAGACAACACAGCCAACUUCCUGGCCUGGUGUCGGCACAUCGGCGUGGAGGAGACGUACCUCUUUGAGUCUGAGGGUCUCGUGCUGCAUAAGGAGCCGCGGCAGGUGUGUCUCUGUCUGUUGGAAAUCGGACGCAUCGUCUCCAAGUACGGCGUGGAGCCUCCUGUGCUGGUCAAGCUGGAGAAGGAGAUUGAGCUGGAAGAGACCUUGCUGCUGACCGAGGAGCCUCCCCCAGCAGUUAAGACCUUCAGUGUGUGCUGCCAACAUGGCGGCCUCUACCAGUCUGGGGAGCAUGGUGCGGAGGAGCCGCCUUGCAACUGCUCCAACAGGGUCUCCAUUGAGUACCUGUCUGAGGGUCGCUACCGACUCGGGGACAAGACCAUCUUUAUUCGAAUGCUGCACGGCAAACAUGUGAUGGUGCGUGUCGGCGGCGGCUGGGACACGCUGCGUGGUUUCCUCACCAAAUAUGACCCGCUGCGCGUGCUGCAGUUCACCACCCUGGAGCAGAAGAUCCUGGCCUUCCAGAAAGGUCCGCCCGGCUUGGGGGGUCACCACAGCAACACGGUCCCACCCCCUGACAUGGACCCCCUCGCGGCUGUCAACGACCUCAUCUCCUCAUCUGAUUCCUCCUCCGCUUCAUCAUCGUCUUCCUCGUCCAGCACGGUCUGCAAGCCGACCGUCCUGGGUCAGACGUGUCGUUCCUACACAGCCUCUCCUGCCUGUACGCCCACGUUACCCAGGAAGGCGCCAAAGAAGAAUCUCCAGAUGACACCGCCCGCCCCCAGGAAGCCCACUCAGCUGCCCCUGCCUGUCGCCACCAAAGGCUCCUCCUCUUUGCCAGCCACACCUAUGGGCAGCUCUAAGCAGCCUCCCAGUUCAGGUGUGCAAGUCCAACGUAGAGCUGUGACACCAUCCUCAACACCGGACCUGUCCCCUGUGUCCAAACUGAGGGUUAAACCGUCCCCUCGGACCGCCGCCUCCCAGCCCAGGAGUCCAGUUUGCCCCGAGCCAUCUUCUAAAUGUCCCAAACCAUCCAGUCCCUGCACAUCGCCCACUGCUCCAACUGUGCCUCGCCCCACCAUCGCCCCCACCCCGAAAGAUGCCCGACCCCCAGCGGGUGCCGGCCAGCGCUCUCGCCUGGCACAACGCCGUCCCGGAUCCCCUGCCUCACGCCUCCGUCUAGAGGCGGCGAGGCGGGUGCGAGCAGCGGCACGUGCCGCAGCGUCCCCAGCUUCCAGGGCGGCGACGCCAACUCCUCAAGUUCGCCCAGCCAACCCACCCUCCCCUGUGACGCCAAAAUAUGCAUCUUCCCUGCCCGUUAAGGACACCGCAGCCAAAGGCAAGGGGCUAGCCCCGAUUAAGGCUGGCGCCCCCCUUCCACGUGGCACCGUUAUCCCUGGGCGGGUCCCUGGGGGCAACGCAGGCCCCUCCCCCCACAGCAAUCAGAAAGCCGCCACCACAACACAGAAAGUGUUGCAGAAACCCUCAGCUCCCACCAACCACGUCAAACCUGAGCUCACUCAGACGCAGGCGGUUGCCGCCCACAAGACCGCCACUGAUGUCAAAACGAAAGCCGAGUCCACCACCAGCAGGAAGAUCCCUCAGUAUCGAGGCAAACGUGAGGACCCUUAUUUUGAAAUGAACAUCAGGGGAAGGCAGAAGACGUGAUUGGGGCGGGCAAAAAUCCAAUCCAGCACUCGUUUGAGCACUUUUUCAACACCAUUAAUGCUCAUCAAACCUUCUCUACUGCAGUUUUUCGGGGUGGAUUUUAUGGAAUAUUUAACAGUCUUGUAUUUUUUUAAUCCAAAAGGGUCAAGGCUUUGUAUGUUUGUUUGUUUGUUUUUUUGUCUUUGUGAUGCAUUCAUGAAUAGUUCCUCUAACUACCUGCUUAUCAUUAAAUCUCACACAAUGUUUACAAUAUUACGCAUACAGCAGUGACGUCAAGUACCAAACGCUGACCUCAUCGGGGAUAAAAAAAAAAAAAGGUUACCAAAGUUAUUUUAAAGCAGUUAUUGACAUGGUAUCAUGGCGCCAUCAUGAACAAGUCCUCUGUCACGUGCCUUCAUCCGAAAUCAGAGUGAAUGGCAUUUAGAAUGUAUUAGAUUAUGGGAAAAUGCUUUUUUUUUUUUUUUAAACAAAAAACAUACCGUAAUGAAACUUGCACAAGAGGAAACAACUACUGAUUUUACGUACAUCACGUUUAGUGCACAACCUAAGCAGUAUAGAUUUGUUUUAUAUGCUGACUACUUCUGUGUGUGUAUGUGUGUUGAAAUUCUAAUUUUCUAUGUGGUGUUUGUCUAUGUUCAUAAAUAUAGAAUAUUUACAGAAUAUUAUAAGUGAGGCUUUCUUUUCUUGUGUUUGCACUUUACGAAAAUCUGUUUUUCACACUUUGAAUGUUGAUCGUGUCUCUUGUUCCAGAUACUGUUUUCGGUUCUUGUUUUUUGGUUGAAUAAAUAUUUAAAAAUCCGAUGGGAGUGUUUCAUUUGUAGUA